AUGUCCAGCUCCGACGAACAAGGCCGCGAGGCUCCUGUUUCUGCGGAUCCAAGAGAGUCCAACAGAGAUGAAUUGGUGGCCGAUGAAGAUGCUGCUCUUUUGCAAACAAUGGGAUACCAGCAGGUCCUGCAUAGAUCUUACACCUUGUUCGAGAAUUUCUCGACGACUUUUGCCGCCUUGUACUUUGUGGGAGGUGUUCGUGUUACAUACAGCACAGGAAUUGCUAGCGGUGGUAACCUUGCAUACUGGACGAGCUAUUUGGUGACGCUCGUGUUCACUUUUAUCAGCGCCGCUGUCAUCGCCGAGGUGUGCUCGGCCUCGCCAUCUGCAGGUUCAAUCUACCUCUGGGCAGCUGAAGCCGGGGGUCCCCGGUUUGGUCGUCUCAUGGGAUUUGUCGUUGCGUGGUGGAGCACGACAGCUUGGACGACGUUUUGUGCUAGUAACACCCAGGCUGCUGUGAACUAUAUGCUUUCGGAAAUCAACGUGUUCAAUCUCAGCUUUCCGACUGACACUAGCGAUGUCAAGUUUCGUGCUGUGCAAUGGAUUUGCACUGAGAUCUUGCUGGCAUUGGCCGCCGUUAUCAAUUUCCUCCCGCCGAAAUCUUUCCGGUGGAUCUUCUACCUUUCCUCGGCUCUUGUGGUCCUCGAUUUCUUGCUGAAUAUGAUUUGGCUGCCGAUUGGGGUGGCCCAAACCUGGGGUUUCCGCUCUGCGCAUGAAGCAUUCAUGACAACUUAUAACGGCACUGGUGCGCCAGCAGGAUGGAAUUGGUGUUUGUCUUAUCUUGCUACGGCCGGCAUUUUGAUCGGCUUCGAUGCUUCGGGCCACGUCGCUGAAGAGACUAAAAAUGCUUCUAUUACUGCUGCCCGAGGUAUCUUUUGGAGCACGGUUGUCAGUGGCUUGGGAGGGUUUGUUGUUGUUAUCAUGUUCCUCUUCUGCGCGCCGGAUGCUGAUACGCUCUUUUCUUUCGGCGCUCCUCAGCCUUUCGUGCCACUGUAUGCGGUUGUUCUCGGCCAAGGCGGCCAUGUUUUCAUGAACGUCAUCUGCGUAGUCGCGUUGUGGUUUAAUACGGCAAUUGCCAUUGUCGCCGCAUCUCGUCUCGUCUUCGCUGUCGCCCGUGACGGUGUCUUGCCCUUUUCCGGCUGGGUAUCUCGCGUCUCUCCAGAGGGCCAACCGCGCAACGCAGUGAUUGUCGUAUGGGGUGUAGCAGCCGUCGUGACAUGCACAAUCCUGCCAUCUGCCGUGGCCUUUACCUCGCUCAUCUCUGCAGCUGGUGUUCCCUCGGCGGCUGCCUAUGGACUCAUCUGUCUAGGCCGAGUGUUUUUGACACCAAACUCGUUCCCGACGCCGAAAUGGAGUUUGGGCCGGUGGAGCAAGCCGUUUCAGGUGAUUUCCAUCUUUUGGAACGGAUGGGUUGUCGCCGUGUUGUAUUCGCCGUAUGAGUUUCCUGUUAGUGGGGAGACAUUAAACUAUGCACCUGUGAUCAUGGGCGCCGUGACGAUUCUCGCUCUGAUUUCGUACUGGAUGACGCCCGAGGAGUCCUGGCUGCCCAGGAACCGGAUUUCGCACUUUAUCCACAGCAAGGGGGAGGCUACAGAGACUACGACGGAAGUUGCUGAGAACUGA